AUGAAUAUGUACGAACCUAUUGUGAAAUUGUAUGCAUAUGCAUUUGAGAGGGGGAUAAAAAGGGACCUGAAGUUCCCAGAGCCUUGCAACCCCUGUUUCCAGCCCUGUGGCCCCACUCCCCUGGGCAGCAGCUGCAAUGAGCCCUGUGUCAGGCAGUGCCAGAGCUCCACCAUCAUCAUUGAGCCCUCCCCUGUGGUGGUGACCCUGCCCGGCCCCAUCCUCAGCUCCUUCCCUCAGAACACUGUGGUGGGAUCCUCCUCCUCUGCUGCUGCUGGCAGCAUCCUCAGAUCUGAAGGAGUGCCCAUCAGCUCCAGGGGAUUUGACCUCUCCUGCAUCGCCAGGCCCCGCUGGAACAGGGUCUGCUGA